AACCAAACCAAACAUAUAACCAUGUAAAUUUGUAUGUACAUGUUUGGAACCUGUUCACUGGAUACUGAGAAAGUAAUAUAUUAAAUACUUAACAGUUACUAGAGAUUUGCCACUAAUGGGUCUUUAUUAUAAAGGUCACCAAAUCGUUUACUGUUUCUUGCCAAAACAGUCCCCGUGCAAAUUGUGUUUCUUCUCUUCCCAAGCUGCAACACUAGCUGGGUAACUAUUCAUCAGUUUUACUUUCUACACGCUAAGCACGGGAUCGACAGUGAAUACGUGCCUGGCAAAUUUAUCGUACAAUCUACAGACUGUACGUCGAAAGGAAUCACAGUUGAUAUCGGACGAUUCUUAGUGCCCAAGACCGAAUAACGGGAUAUAUACAGUAUGGCCGAUCUUCGAUGAUCUCUUCGGCCAACAUGCAGCGCAAGAAUAGCACGGCGAGGAGUGUCCUGAGAACCUGAUGGCUGGUUGGUCAGUCACAGUCUAUCUGGUGGCCAUCGUCUCCUUACGAACAGGCGUGCGGAGUCUGCAGUGCUACAGCUGUUUCAGCGAGGACAACUUGCCCAGCCUGCCCUUCGACCCCGACCAUUGCAACCCAUACGGAAGUGGAGAGCCCAUAAUCCGGAACUGCUAUACGCAAACAGAGGUUCCCAUGUGCAUCUCCGGCAUGUUCUACGACCCCAAAAUCAGACAGAACCGCAUCACCCGCGAGUGCGCCGACGCCGACCGCUGGACCAUCGACUUCUUCCGCUUCCGCAAGCUCUUCGCCGUCUACAAAAUCCCCAUCGGCCGGGCAUUUUGUCUGCCGGGGCCGGAUCCCAAGCGGCCCAACCAGGACCGUCUGUGCUUUUGCACCACCGAUCUCUGCAACAAGAUGAACUGGAAUAAUCUGCUGGAUAUUGUCAACUACACGCUGCCGAUGCUCGGGACACUGCCCACCACGUCGGCCAUCUCCGUCAAUUCCACCACCACCACCGAGUCGGCUGCGCAGAAUGUUAUCGUUGACGCUAUGGGCGUGGCGGCGCUAACCGUUGGUGUCAUGUUCUACGCGAGGAUGAUGUAACAACGAUCACUAUUUUUUGCGGCGUGGCGGUUGACCUUUCGCCACAAGCGCACGGUGCACCCAACCGGACGGUCUUCGGUCGGUUUCGCAAAAUAAUCCGGCCAAGAGAAUUCGGGCGAGGAAUGCUGUCCGUACGCUGUUUAACAGGAGGACCGUUUGUAAUUGCUCACGUUUUUCUUUGAUUUAGGUUUUGACAGCAUUUUGCUCGCGCUGGAACUUGUGUUUUCUGUUGAUCUGCGUGGCGACAGAGAUCGAUGGGUGGUUGCAUUUGCGACAGGAUUAUGCCCUUUUUGAGCUUUGAAACCUGCUGAUCGUUGCUUUCUUCCAGCGACUGUGUUUGUCGUUUUUUAGCCUUCGUUGUUAGGCAACAAGUUUAACGUACUUAUGACAUG